AUGAUAGUAAUCGUCGGAGUUUUAACAGUUUUAAUAAUAUGCUUGAUGCUGAAAAGACAUCAGCUACUAGAGAAGUAUCGGUAUAUAAAGCAUAUUUAUGACAAUGUUAACAAAAUGCCUGGACCAAAGACAAUUCCAUUGUUUGGAAAUUGCUUGGCAUUCAGUGCCAAUCAAACUAUUCUAGAAAACCCAAAUUUGAACGAAAAGCCAAGUGAGUACAAAGUCCUUAAUGGUAUGUGGGGAGACGGACUAAUAGCAAGUUCUGGAAAAAAAUGGCAUACUAGAAGAAAGAUGCUCACUCCUGCUUUCCAUCCAACUGUUAUUCGAAAUUAUUACAAAAGCUUUAAUAAACACUCACAAAUUUUGAUGGAAAUACUGGAUAAAUUCGCGGACAAAGAUGAAACUUUUGAUUUGCUUCCAUAUUUAAGGCGUUAUUCCUUAGAUAUUACGACAGGAAUGGAAUGUUUUGACGAUAUUUACGAAGUUUACACGGUGCUUAAGGUAUUCUUUACAGAUACAACGUUGGGAUUCUCGCUCAACUCUCAGAAAGGUGAAAACAUGGAUUAUUACGAUGCAGUAACACGAACACUUGAGCUGGCUUUCAAAAGUCUACGUUAUCCAUGGCUAAGAAUCAAGCCAAUUGCAACUCUGCUCGGGCACACUAGAAAAAUGGAAAAGUACGCAGCGGUCACAAGACAGUUGCCAAGGAAGGUUGUGUUGGAACGCAAAAAAGAAUACGACAGUAUGAAAGAAAAACCCACAUUUGAAGAAGUUUCGUCUGGCAAAAAUAAUAGAAAGUCGUUUUUGGAUUUGCUGCUGAGUUUACAAAAGGAAUACAAUUUGACUGUCGACGACAUCUGUGAAGAAGUUGAAACUAUUUUUGUCGCAGGUCACGAUAACGUGUCCAGCAGCAUCGGAUUUGCACUCUUCGUUUUCGGAGCUAAACCAGAAUUUCAGGAUAAAGUAUAUGAGGAGCUUCAUACCGUAUUGGGUGAUGAAGAAAGAGAAAUUACAUCAGAUGACCUUAAAAAUCUAGUCUACCUGGAGCAAUGGAUGAAGGAAAUUAUGAGGCUUUACAUGCCGGUUAUAAUGCUUGCAAGGCGCAUUACUGAAGACGUCAAGAUCGGAGAAUACACAAUACCCGCUGGUGUAACGGCGUGCAUUUCACCGUUUAGUGUAGCGAGGGACCCGAAGGAGUGGGAAGAUCCAGACCAAUUUAAUCCGGAUCACUUUUCUCCAGAAAACAUUGCCAAACGUGACCCCUUUGCAUUCAUACCAUUUUCAGCAGGAAUUCGUAACUGCCUUGGAAAACAGUUUGCUUUUUCGGAAGAAAAAAUGGCGCUAGCACAUCUGUUGCAUCGUUAUGAGUUCCAUUCAAUGAUCUCGGAGGAAGAAAAUCGAGCGUUACCGGAAGUUACACUAAAACCAAGUCGAGGAUUUCCGAUGCGAAUAACUAGAAGGAAAAAGAUGAACUAA